AUGGUUUUUGGAUUCAGAAUACUAAUUAACAGAUUGAAACUAUCCAGAGGUUUUAAAUUGCCAGCAUCUCAUGUGAUUUUUACCGUUGGCCCUAUAUAUCAUUUUGAUCAAAACCCUGAGGCCUCCCUGAGAAGUGCAUACAAGAACUGCUUGAGGUUGGCCAAAGAAAACAAGAUUCAGUACAUUGCUUUUCCUGCCAUAUCUUGUGGCUUGUUCGGUUAUCCUCUUGAGGAAGCCGCCACAAUAGCUAUUUCUACAGUCAAAGAAUUUGCAGAGGACUUUAAAGAGGUGCACUUUAUUCUGUUCACAGAUGACAUCUAUGAUAUUUGGUUUAGGAAGGCGAAGGAAAUACUCCAACUUGAAGCAUAAUGGUGUGUUGGCAGCCAGAAUCACUGAAACAAUGAACUAUUCAUGUCUCUUGUUAUUGUUGUAAAUAAUCUGAUUCAUAUCAGAAAUUCAGUUUCUUACUGAGGGUAUUAUGUUACUAAAACUGAUAGAAAUGUUUCAUUCAUGUCAUCAACAGUUAUAGAAUGCAGUGGGAAUAAAUCUACACU